AUGCGGCUGGAAGUGGAGCAACUUUUUUCGGCAACAAUUCCCACAACAGUGCUUGCACUAACUCGGCCAAAUUCACACGAGUUUAUACUCAACGAAGGGGGAGGGGCCAGCCUCGUGGGUUUCACACUUGGGGCGCCGAACGGCGACAGGAAACCAGAUCGCGUCUCGGCAUCCACUAGCUUACAAGUUGAUCCAAACGGACCGUCAGCUCAUCUCUUCACUUGA